AUGAGGGCCUUCCAGACUCUGUGGCUAUUCGCAGCCGCCUUGGCCGCAGCCACAUCAUGCUCUGUGACGCUCGAGCCGGAGAUCACGAUGGCUCCGUCGACGAACGCACGGGACGAGCGGCGGUCGUCGAUGUGGGAAGAACCGGCCGCGACCUUGGCGUACCACGAGGUCGGCACUUCUGCCCUGCCGGGCCGUAUGCUGGAUGACAGCGGCGAAGCGACCUGCCCCAGGGACACCGUCGCCUGCCACCUUCCACGCAACUGGAACUGCUGCCCGAAGGGCAUGCCGUGCUGCGGACCGGGGUGCUGCGCGCGCGGGUUCCGUUGCGCCGACGCGCGGGUGGGCGUGUGCUGCGCCGAGGGGAAGACGCUGUGCGGCGGGGUCUGCGUCGACGGGGGCUGCUGCGGGCCGACGGGGUCGUGCGGCGGGCGGCCCCGAGAGGUCUGCUGCGGGGGGAGGUGCGUGGCCGAGGGGCGCUGCCGGGCCGUCACCGCGGUGUGGAGGUGGAGGAACGCGGCGGCGGCGGAGGAGACUGUGUGGUGGGGGUUCGUCGUGGUGGUUGUGGUGGUGUUAGUGAACGUCGUCUAA